GUGAAACAAAACAAUGUUCGCCAAUAGCAACUAACGUCUGUUUCGUGACACUGAAGGUUGAGAACAUAUCAUGGAUCAUGACUUUGUUUUCAGUCUGUAAACACAUACACUUGUCGAAGACGCCUAAGGUGUGCUACAUACCUAUAUGUAGUACAUAUGUACUGCGUAAUGUGGUGUCUCGACUCUCGAGGAACACAAUAUCAUUGUUUGUUGCGCAGCUACUUCUACAUAUUUUUUGAAACUUGUUAUCGUUAUUUUUGGCAUAAAAGCUGCAGCAACUUUAAAAGUUAUCGAUAUUUCGCUAUGCUACGUGUCAAAGGUCGAGUCGAGACUUGAUCGCCUACACGUAAUCUAAAAGAUAACAGAGGAACGUUGUAUAAAUGAAACGAAAGUACUGAGUAUACAUGUGUCGGUAUCUCCAUUAGUUCAUUAAUCAGGUCAGGACUUCGUCGCCUGUUGUUGCCCGCACGGAAGGAAUGUGAUGUGAUUUUAGUGUUCGGAAUCAAAAACUGCUAUGAUUUCGAGUUUCUACGAGAAAAUUGUUGGCAUGUCUUCUACUGCAGAGUCAAACCAACAAAAAGUUCUCUGUGUUGGAUUGACUUGUUUAGACAUCGUCCAAACAUGCACGCAGUAUCCCGAGGAGGAUUCUGAUCAAAGAUCUGUAGACUACAGAUGGCAAAGGGGAGGCAAUGCGUCCAAUACCUGCACAGUUCUCUCCCUCUUGGGAACCUCAUGCGAAUUCUUUGGUACCUUGAGUUUGGAUGAACACAUAAAUUUUCUGCAAAAUGACAUGAAAAAGUACAAUAUUGACUUUUCUCACUGCCCCAUGGUGCAAGGAAUAGGAUGUCCUACAUCCACUGUUAUUCUAAGUCAAAGCACUGGUUCACGUACAAUUUUACAUCAUAAUCCCUCAAUGCCUGAAUUGAUAUUGAAAAAUUUCGAGCAAUUGCGUCUGCAGGACUACAGUUGGAUUCAUUUCGAAGGCAGAAAUCUAAAUGAAGUAUUGUCCAUGAUGCAGUGUGUAGAAAAUUAUAAUAAUAUGUUGAGUUACAGUCAAGAUUCCGUAGAUAAAGAAGGGGUUUGGAGUCAAAUGCCGAUCACAGUUAGUGUGGAGUUAGAAAAUCCAAAACCAGAAUUAUUAGAUUUACUAGCAUACGUUGAUGUGGCAUUUAUAUCUAAGGAUUUUGCUCAAAGUAGGGGGCACGAUAAUAUGAGUGACACUCUGAAAUAUGUUACCAAUGACGCCAAGUCUGGAGCAACUUUAAUCUGUGCCUGGGGAGAUCGAGGUGCUAUGGCAAAGACUCCAGACAACAUUAUAGUACAAUCGCCUGCCUUUUCACCGCACAAAAUUGUGGACACCUUAGGUGCUGGUGAUACCUUCAAUGCAGCAGUGCUGCACUAUUUAAAUAAAGCUAAGCUAGAUUACAUGAAAAAGAGAAUGUCCGAGUCCAUUGAAUCGAACGACGAGGACUAUAAGCGAAAUAUUAAAAAGAAUUAUAACAUAGAAAGCAUAGAAUGGAGCCAUACUGAAUUUAUUACGCAAAGCGUUUUACAUGCGGCUGUGACUUUUGGUUGCCGAGUGGCCGGCGCUAAAGUUGGUUUCAAAGGCUACAGCAAACUAGACGAAAUGUUCAAAAACGCGUUGAACAGCUAGCCAAACUGAUAGACCCAAGCAAUACUGUAAAUAUUUUAAGACUACGUUUUGUACCUAUUUUUACGGUAUUUUAUAUAAGCCUUAACUGUUUUCUAAUGUUUAUAGACUCUAUUUAAAAAUAAGUGUCGAUAAUCCUUCAUGUUUAUCUUAAAAUUUGCUAUGUGUCUUGAUCAGAUUCAGAUAAAAUAAAUUCUAUUGAUGUUGUUACUCGUGUCUGCACGUUUACCGAUUGUUCCGAGGAUGUAAAUCACAACCAAAAGACGGUUACCAGGCAACAUUCAUUUAAUAUGAAUCAUUCAAAAAAGAAAAGAGAACAUUCAAGUAAAUACAAGCUUCUUUCUUGCACAUCAAGAAAUAUUUUUUCAGGUUUACACAUAUUAUGCACAACUCCUUGCGGAGCACCAACAACGAGAGAAAAAAGAAAGUUAGACCGUGUUCGAAGAUAGUGAUGGACAGUGAACGGAAUAUUCCAAGGAGUUCCAUUCCCUAAUCAAAAACUUAUCUGCAAGUUUAUAAACAGAAUUGUACACACGAUGAUACCAAAAAAACCGAUCAGAUAUAUAAACGAGACUGUUUCUUUUUUUUUGUUUAUAGUUGACAAGCUGUUCCUUUUUUUUUGUUUAUAGUUGACAAGCUGUUACGUGAGUCAUUGACAAGACUUCUUUUUUUAUUUUGUUAACCGCGUGGAUAGAUCUCGGGGACAUUCGUUAGCUGUCCGGAUCGACGCCCGAGUUGAAGAAGUCCACCACGCCGACUAGGCCCUUUUCAGGAAAAGUUCUGGGAAGAAGCAAACCGUGUCAACUUAUCGAAUACGAUCAGGAAUCGCCGACGGAAUAUACCUUACCUUAAGAAACAGUUAACAUACAGCCAGUACGCGGGAAUGGAUAUUUCUCGGAUGUUCCGCCUCUGCGCCGCAACUAUUUUUUCAACUGCCUGUUUCGCUGAAACCAGUGGCAUGAAGCUGGUGAACCUGAAUAAAAAAGAACUUCACGGACGGUGAUUCUUUGACACAAGUUAUUCUUGGGAAUAGAGCGGCUCGCAUGCUCGCCACAUUUAGUUUGAUUUAUUCGUUUUAGAAUGUGUGCCCACCUCUGGUCCAAUAAUCGAGCCUGCAUGCGAACACACGUUAUCUGAUUAACAACUCCGACCGAUCGUUUUCACACUAGGUACAGUUACAUGAAAUCGGAGGAACUCUGUAAGUUCUCGUCGCGUAACUGUACUUAAGUAUCUAAUACCAAUGAAUUAGAACUGGUUCAGCGAGGUAAACCGGAACGGACUAGCCUACCUGAAUCUUGGCUUCUUGCAGAGGCCAGUGUCCACCAUGUACGGAUAGAUGGUGGUGAAUUGCAAAUUUGAAGGAUUGUCCUUGGACGACGAUCGAAGCUCCUCAUUCAGACUCUCCAUCAAUCCUGCAUUUACCAGAAGAACCAUGAUAGAACAACGAAAGAUAAAGCCAGCGCAAGAGAAAAAAAUUCUCACCUCUCACAGCGAAUUUCGAGGCACAGUAUGGCACCAGGUUCGCGAGACCGACGACGCCGGCCAUUGACGACAGGGCAACGAUGUGCCCGUGGUUCUUCUUGAUCAUACUAGGCAAGAAAGCUUGCAGAGUCUGCGGACAAGAUGCAAGAAAUGUAGGAAAAUCCGAUGACAGAGAUGUUGAAGAGCAACAUGCUUACCCAAAAGUGUCCUAACACGUUGAUAUCGAAUAUUCGCUUGAUCUCUUCCGAUGAGUGACCCAUAAAGGUAUGGCAAGGCAUGAUGCCGGCAUUAUUAACAAGGAUCGUCACAUCACCGACUUCUUCCUUGACUUUCUGUGCCACCUUCAACACUUCGUCUCUGUUCGAUAUGUCGCAUCUAUCACAAAAGAUUAAUAUCAAUUCCAAGAUAAAGUUGAGCGCAAACACGACCAGUCUUGUUAAACUAGUUCUUAUAAGUUUGCAUAUGUUGAUUUCCAGUUCUGGAAGUUAUCAAUUAUGGAAAUACAAACUUGUAGCCGUAGGCUUUA